CGAGAACCAGGAUCCCAAAAUAUUCGAAAAUUCAGAAGCGAAAAACGAAUCGUUUUGGGGUUUCGGGGUCUCGGGGUCGUCGACUGGUGACCUUUGCUUGCGAAGCCAAUCAGCCGUCUCUUCUCUGCAACUUCUCUAGUUCCUGUCCCUUUCUAUUCUUAUCAAUUUCUUGUUGCUUUUGCUCCAAGCUUUCUGUUUCUCUCUCUCUCUCUCUGUUCUUUUUUUCUUCUUUGAUUUUCAAAAUUUCUGACUUUGAAAUGGGAACUGAAUUGUAGUCUGUGGAACUGUUGCAACCAGCAAACGACUCGUCAAAAAUGCGACUUUGGUUUCUCGAACUUCUCCAACUAAAAACAAAUAUGUGGUUUUUUUGGGGUAUAAUAUUGCGGUAACCGCCAAUUAUUGUGUGUCUAGGACUUCGAUUAUUACGGUGGAAAAUCAAUGGGUUUUCAAUUGGGUUCCCCUAAUUCCUUGGAAAGGUAAGGCCUUCACAGGUGGGAAUUCAAAGGCUUUUCAAGCGGGAUCUUGGGUUCCCUAAUUCCUUGCAAAGUUUCGGUUUUUGGGUUGAAAGAGUGGAAAUUUGAGGUUUCUGGAUUGAAUUCUUGGUCCUGCAUAUACAGGAGAGCUUGAAGGAGUUAAUUUGCCUGUGAUUUUGGAGUUUUGAGAAGUGGUUGAUGAUUUAAUACUGGGUUUCGAAUUUGGGUUGGUGAUUUUGGGGGAUUGAUUAGGAUGGAUGAAGUUCAAGGUGGCGCCAGCUCGUUGCCGCCUUUCCUUUCCAAGACCUAUGAUAUGGUGGAUGAUGCUUCAACCGAUUCAAUUGUGUCUUGGAGUGCCAGUAAUAAGAGCUUUAUUGUUUGGAACCCGCCGGAGUUUGCCAGAGAUUUGCUGCCAAAGUUCUUCAAGCACAACAACUUCUCUAGCUUCAUCAGGCAGCUCAAUACAUACGGUUUCAGAAAAAUUGAUCCGGAACAAUGGGAAUUUGCCAAUGACGAUUUUAUCAGAGGUCAGCCACACCUUAUGAAGAAUAUCCAUAGACGAAAGCCGGUUCAUAGUCACUCUUUGCAGAAUCUCCAAGUCCAGGGGAAUGGGACUUCCUUAUCCGAAUCUGAAAGGCAGAGUAUGAAGGAUGAAAUCGAGAGGCUUAAACAUGAGAAAGAACGCCUUGGUGUGGAGUUACAGCGGCAUGAGCAGGAGCGGCAGGGAUUGGAGUUGCAAAUCCAGUUCUUGAAGGAACGUUUGCAACACAUGGAAAGGCAGCAGCAAACCAUGGCCGGUUUCGUGGCCCGGGUUUUGCAGAAACCGGGGAUUGCCUCCAAUCCUGUUCCGCAAUUGGAAAUCCAUGGGCGAAAGAGAAGGUUGCCAAGAAUCGGUUGGUCUUAUGAUGAAGCGAGCAAUGGAAAUAAUCAGGUGGCAAGUUCACAAGCUGGUAUUAGAGAAAAUGCGGAUAUGGAAAAGUUGGAGCAGUUGGAGUCAUUCCUAACAUUUUGGGAAGAUACCAUUUUUGAUGUUGGAGAGACUCAUAUUCAGGUUGUUUCAAACGUGGAGUUGGAUGAGUCUACAAGUUGUGUCGAAAGCGCAGUUAUAUCUUCAAUACAACUUAAUGUUGACGCUCAGCCUAAAUCCCCGGGAAUUGACAUGAAUUCUGAACCUGAUGUAGUUGUUGCUCCUGAGCCUGCUGCAGCUGUACCUCCUGAGCCUACUUCCUCAAAAGAACAAACAUCUGGAAUCACUGCUUCCGCGCCAACUGGCGUGAAUGACGUAUUCUGGGAACACUUCUUGACUGAGAAUCCUGGUUCAGUGGAAGCUCAGGAAGUUCAGUUGGAAAAAAGGGAUUCUGAUGGUAGAAAGAACGAAAGCAAACCUGCUGAUCAUGGCAAGUUGUGGUGGAAUAUGAGGAAUGUAAAUAACCUUACAGAACAAAUGGGGCAUCUUACUCCAGUAGAGAAAACGUGAUACUAGUUAUUUUAUUUGGGAUUUUGAUGCCCAGUGGCUCACAUGUUACAUGCUCUUUGGCAUAAAUGUUUUGUUCUGGUUAUAAAUAGAUCUUCUAUGUUUGAGUUCAUCUUUCCCUUGA